CACCGGUGCCUGCUUCCAUUGAGAUGUGGAGAAUGAGGAAGACAAGUCCAUCUACAGCAGAGAACAACUUUCUUUUGAACUAGUGUAGUACAUGUUUGUGUUUCACACGUUUUGUCUUUACCUUGAAGGAUGUCUCGCGUUUGUUCCUCGGGUUGUUUCUCUCGAUUUGUGGAGAGAAACUAUUCGGCGCUGAAUUUUGCGCUCCUGGUUUUUGGGUAUAUCCUUUAUCUCAUAGUCGGCGCAGCGAUUUUCUCGGCCAUCGAGCUGCCGUACGAGCAUGAACUUCGCCGGGAACUGGUCGAGGCCCGGCAGGACUUCCUGAGCAGCAACCCCUGUGUGUCCGACGAGCGCCUCGACGAGCUGCUGGCCCGGGCGCUGGAGGCCAGUAACUAUGGAGUGUCCGUGCUGGGUAACAGCAGCAACCAUAACUGGGACUUUAUCUCUUCACUGUUCUUCACCAGCACCGUGGUGACGACGACAGGUUAUGGCCACACUGUUCCUCUCUCAGAUGAAGGGAAGGCCUUCUGCAUCUUCUACGCCAUCUUGGGUAUUCCUGUCACCCUCUUCUUCCUCACUGUUGUGGUGCAGAGGAUCAUGGUCCUGGUGACUCGACGUCCAGUGGACUACUUUCAUCGUCGAUGGGCCAUGUCUAAGCCCAAGCUAGCCGCCAUCCACGCGACCUGCUUAGCCCUCAUCAUGACCCUGCUGCUCCUAAUCAUCCCUGCCUGGAUAUUUUACAGCCUGGAAAAGGACUGGGACUUUCUGGAGUCUCUAUAUUUCUGUUUUAUCUCUCUGACAACCAUCGGCCUUGGGGAUUAUGUUCCCGGAGAGACGCACAGUAAAGACGACAACCCACAUCCGCAACUCUACCGGCUGUCAAUUACAGUCUACCUGCUGCUGGGCCUGGUGUGUGUCCUGGUCGUUCUGGAGACGUGUUGUGAGCUUCCUCAGAUGAAGCGUCUCAGACAGAGGUUCUUCAAGGAAAACGUUCGGGAGCUGGACUCUGAGACCACCAACAUCAUCAGCAGGGACCACUUGAGUGACGAGCUGACCGAUACGCCGGAUCCCGUACCUGUCAUCCCUUCUGUGUCAGACCAGGCUGCUUCUCUACGGGAGGAUAGCAAAUCAACACCUUACACCCAAUCAUUAGGGUCUACCACUAAUGGAAAACUGAGGUGACGGAUUUCCUUGAGUGGAUUUCACAAUAUGCUUCCUUCGUGACUGCUAAAGACAUGCCGCCGCCUUAAAGUGAAUAUAUGAGUAUAUUAGGAGCCUGAGCACAAUUUUUGUUAGGUUAUCUGCAUUUAAUCUGAGUCACUUAAUCACUUUGAAAUAGAUUCCUUUUCUCCAGUGCCAACACCAACAGGCAUCUUUGGCUUAAAAGCAGGAACCACCCACAGACUGUCAGGAUCAGGAUGGCUUUGUUUUCUUGUUCUCCCCCUGUUGUGUUAUUCCCUGUAGAUAAGACCUAGAUCUGUGACACAGAGGAAGGGCUGGGCCCCCAAACGGAGGGAAACCUCACAAGGUUCCUCUUCCUGCCAACGACUCUGCGUUGUAAUCCCAAGGCGGCACAGUCUGCUCCUGGAUGAUUUCACACCCGCUCUAUGCAUAUUAUAUAAUCGACCGGGGUAUUUGCAUGGGAAAUUUGCCUCCUUGGAAGUAGGAGAGUGGUACCAGGAGAAUUAGGCUUACUGUUUGUUGGUCUGUUGCACAUCACGUGCAAGGAUUCCAAGAUGAAGAUCAAAUGAACAUUGAACCAUGAACAUGGUUAUUGACCUUGUUAUCCUAAAUGUUGAAAUACACUCAGUUUAUUCUAGAAGGUAGGCCUUAUCGCAACCAAGAAGCCUAAAAUAUGAGGAAAUGAUGGUUUAUUUUUUUUUACACAGGUGGUAAUUCAACUGUAUAA